AUGCACCCCACUGGCAACGUGUUUAAUGUGAACUUCAGCACUCUCAUGUUGGUCUUGUGCUACAAUCAUCCGAUUCUGGUGGAAUGGUACGCUAUUCGAGAUAAUCGCACUAGGACUUUUGAAUUGGCCACGUGGAAUAAUGAUAAGGGUCUAAUUUUGAAGACGCGGAAGAGUUUAUACGACAGGAGGAACGACAUGUUUGGCGAAGCUCUACGCGUAGCUUCCGUGAAGGAGUCGGCAUUCUUCUUAUUGGAAAAUGACAAGAUUGGAGGAUUUCUUGGUUUGCUGCUGAUAGAGCUGAGCCAAGCGAUGAACUUCACCAUAGAGAUAUUGGACCCGGUGGACGAGUACGGCAGCUGGAGCUGGCAUGACAUGGCGUGGACUGGCGUGAUCGGUCAGUUAGUGACCGGUAAGGCUGAUAUUGGCGUUUCCGAAUUGACGAUAACGUCAAGCAGACUCUACGCCGUCGACUUCACGAUGCCGUUGAUACGCUUGCGAAAUCGCUUAUACUUUAAACAACCUAACGGUUUUAACGUACAAUGGUCCGGGUACUUUAAGAACGUUCAUUUUUAA